GCCAGGAUUUACUUAAAAUGAGGGAACAAAUUAGUAAAACAUGAUGUAUUAGUAAGUCGUGGGAGUGAAUUGUUAAUUCAUGGCCACGAUAUACAUAUUUUUUCCCCGCAUGUCUUGUGUGGGGCUCUGUAAAUAUAUUACCACUUUUUUUAUUUGUUAUUGUUUAAAGGCAUAAUAUGUAAUUUUUUUUCCACUAGAGGUCACUUAUUCAAAACAAAGGCGUAGCUUGAUGAUGCCUUGAUUUCUGGGGGUAUCAUGGGAGGUGUUGUCUUCACGUGUACAGCCGUUGGAAAAGAAUUCGACGGGACUCAGGCAGAAAUCAUAUUCAUGGAUGAGCUAAUGUAUUAAAGAUUUAUUAACAUUACUGUAGUAUGAAGCAGGGUGUGGCUAAAAGCCGUUGGAGUGGAACGAGGCCGCUGGAACGAUUGCUAAUGAGAGACGAGCGCGACAUACGGCUCGAGAGCAGUGGAGCUUUUAUUAUGCCGCAUACAACCACUUCCGUUUUUUUUUUCGGUCAUGCGUAUGUGGGGUAACGCAGCGCUGUUUUAUCAUAUUAGACACAUUUGUAUGUUGAAAGUUGUUAUAAUGCUACUUUGUGCGUUUGCUCGGCGUCUAUAUGAGACACUUGUUGCACACUGCAGUAAGCUAGAUCUAUAUUAGUCAUGGUGAAACAUGGUACUCUCGGUAAAUCAAGAAAACGAGAUUCAAACAAUAAUACUAACUGUUCAGCUAUAUAACAAUGAUUAGUUUUCUGUCGAUAAAUGUAUCCAAACAGUUGCUCACUUAUAAAACUAAUAAAACUAAUAAAAAAACGAAUAAAUCACAUAAUAUAUUAAAGCGUCUUUGGUGUUUCCAUGGUUCCUACUAAAUAAAACUGGAAAUUAUGUCAUUGAUAGGCGACGCACGGACACAGUCUGUGUCCUGGUUAAAAUUGCUUAUUUCUCUGGAUUGAAACAUUCUUGGAAACAUUUGGGAUAAUGUAAGUACACAAGACAACAAAAUAUAUAACAUUGUUCUAGUGGGUUUUGGAUAUUUUAAUCGAAAACUUACAUAUUGUGCCUUUAAAACAUAGAUAAGGCCAUCUGGAUUGCAUUUAUGCCAAUCUAUAAAAAGACAGAAAAGUCUGUGUUAACACUCCUUUUGCAAGAAUUGUUUGUUUAAAUGUAUUUAUUUUUGAAAUGAUCUAAUCAUUUGGUGAUGGAAUUGCAUUGUUUUAGUACUAUUAAGGAACUGGAAUUGUUAAGAGUAAUAAGAGCAGGAAUCAUUCUUUAAAAUUCUCUACGAUUCCCAUCCCUGAUAUGUGUCCAUUUGAGAAUAAAAAGAUGGUAUGAAAUCAUGAAAGAUUUUACAUUUCAUACUGGAAAUUCAUGACACAAAUUUGAAUUCAAGCAAACAUGGAAAAACUCCUGAUGCUCAGCUUCGAUUGAUUGAUUAAUUUAUUCAUCUACAGCGGUUUAAUGUUGUGAUGUUUAUUAAUCAUCUUUUCCUGUUCUCUGGAGUAUUGUACAUUUGCUCUUCCAGUGGCGUAAUUCUGCUUAGCUUUGCUGCCUCUAAUGUUAAUUGCAUUUCAGCUCACCCUGCUUACCGUAUCUGACGAUAUUUCACAACCAGGGACAUUUCAACACAUCUUCUUGUUUUGGUUAACAUUUUCACAAAGGCCGUGAUCCACCUCCCUCUGUUUUUUGCACAACUCACUCUGAUUCUCUCAUUCCAAUUGCCUAUUGCUUCCUGUUGUGACCUGGUGCAUUGUGGGAGCUGAACCGGGUGCAUCUGGUGGAAGGGCCGUCUCCUGAGUCAGCCUCUUGCAUGAAUAGGCCUGCCACACAGGAAUGCGCUCCUACAUUUACAAUAAGAAUUCUCUGAUUGGCUCGCAGGCCGAGCACUGUGGCAUGAGGACAUACUUUUUCAGCGCCGACACACAAGAAGACAUGAAUGGCUGGAUCCGGGCCAUGAACCAGGCCGCACUGAUGCAAAGCCAUGGCGUGAAGAGAGAGACUGAAAGAAGCUCCAAACCUGAGCAGCAUGCAGUCCCUCAGACCAACCAUUUCAGCAGCAGCAUCAAAAGCUCCUCCCAGGCCGAGGGCCUCCAGCAGUCAGCUCAUGUGGAGGUGGCAGAACUGAGGCUGGAGCGAGAUGGGGAGGAGUGCUACGUUUACAGCAAGGAAGUCUCGGAAGAUCCUGUUAAAACCAUUUCCCCUGGAGAGAUGGAGAUGGAGGGGCUUUCCCAAUCAGGUGCCCAUUCACGCCCGCCAUCCACGGCACCCACUCACAGGAACGGGCUGCCCUCCUCAGGCAUGCCCCCUGAUCAGAACGGGAACAUGGUGUAUAAGAGGGGUCUCGUCCCCCGUACAGACACAGAGAAAAAAGUACAAAGGAAAACUGCACUGGCUCAGGUCGAGCACUGGGUGAAGGUGCAGAAAGGAGACCCCAAAAGCCAUCCCACUGCUGAGUACACCCUACCCAGACGGACGCCGCCUCUUCAGCCUAAGUCCGUCAUGAUGGAGACGUACCAGUCAUUGCCAAAGACCACUCGCCACCACUCCGGAGGCAGUUCCCCCCCAGUGCCCCGCAACCUGCCUAGUGACUACAAGUAUGCCCACGACCGUCUCAGUCACUUUCGUAUGUCCACUGAUGAGCGUUUGGCCACUAAAGAAGGCAUGGUGUGGCAGCUGUACGAGUGGCAGCAGCGCCAACAGUUCCGCCACGGAAGCCCCACCGCGCCAGUCUACACCGGGCCUGACUACAUGGACACAUCUGGCUUCAGGGUCACUCUGGAAAUGCCACGAUCCAUAUCUGUGCCCCCAUCACCAUCUGACAUACCCCCAUCUGGGCACCCUUCCAAGUCCUUGUCCCCACGCAGGCCCCACACUCCCGCUGACAGGGUGACGGUGCGCCCGCUGGAUGACUUCGCCAUCGUGGACACACCCAGUUUGGGUUCUCCCAGAGGAAUAUGUUCCCAGAUCUCAAAGACCUCGCAAAUGGAAAGGAGAUCCAUGCCAACAAUGGGCUACAUCACACACACAGUCAGUGCACCAAGUCUGCAUGGAAAAACGCCGGAGGAGUUGACCCUGCUGCUCAUCCAGCUCAGGAGACACCGGGCCAAGAUGGCCAGCGUGCACAGCGACACAUUCACACACCUGCAGAACCAGCACAACGGCCUCUCAGGCCCCAGUUUGCAGGCAGAUGACACUUACAUCCAGCUGAAGAAGGACCUGGAGUAUCUAGACCUGAAGGUGGGCUCUAGUGGAUCUGCCUUCACCUUCUUCCUCCGCCCAUCUUCUCCCUCUCUCCUCAAGGUAACUGGACGUGACUCUCUUAAAGAUCGACCACCUCGGCCUGUUAAAAUAGCUGAAAGUGACAUAGAUGUAAAGCUUAGUAGGUUAUGCGAGCAAGACAAGAUCCUACAGGAGCUGGAGGCCAGGAUACGCACACUCAAAGAAGAUAAGGACAAGCUCGAGUCUGUCCUGGAUGUUUCCCAUCAGCAGAUGGAACAGUACCAGGACCAGCCCGCCCAUGCAGAGAAGAUCGCCUAUCAACAGAAGCUGUUACGGGAGGAUGUGGUCCACAUCAGGGCGGACAUCUCACAGGUGUCCACGGAGAUGGAGAACGCUUGGACAGAGUACAACCACUUGGAGAGAGAUGUCGACAGACUGCGUUCAGCCCUUCAAGACCAGAUGACCCACAGUGCUCUCUCUCAGCAGGAGAAAUCUCAGCUGAGGAAGGAGCUGUGGCGGAUCGAGGACGUGCUUGCAGGCCUGAGCUCCAGCAAAGCCAACUACAGAGUGACCAUUGACUCUGUGCGGAAUCCAGGUGAGAGCGGGCCCCUGCCUGCCAUCACCCCCAUGCACUGGAACACAGACCGAGAGAGGAAACUCGUGCCUUCAGCGUCAUUGUCCGCAGUGCCUUCGCUAUCUGCGAGCCCAUCCAUGGGUGAACUAAAAGCUGCUCAGUCCAGUCCCCAUCUCAGCCCAAUGCAGUCUACCCAGCAGUCCCUGCAGCUCUCACAUCCAGCCCACAAGCAAAAAUGGCCUGAGGAAGAUGCUCCACCCAGACCCCCCCUCCCUCACCUCUACAGCCCAGAUGAACACCCCCCAGCUGUGCCCCCUCUCCCCAAAGAGACCUCCGUCAUCCGCCACACAUCAGUCCGGGGCUUGAAACGACAGUCUGAUGAACGGAAACGUGACCGUGAGAUCGGGCAGUACACUAACGGAGAUCAUAAGGUUGAGAUACGGGCCUUCCUCAGUGAGCCUGAACUGCUGGCAGUUGGUGGACAAAUGGGUGGCUUGAGCCGUGAUAGUGGCUACCAAACUCUACCAAACAGAGGUUUGACUGGGUCAUCUUCAAGACUGAACCAGUCAUCAAACAUUUCAUCGUUCGUCACCCUCAGAAGAGGAAUUACCACCACAAGCUUGAAGGAGAGACCAAAGAGUGCCUUGGAGCGACUAUACUCUGGGGAGAUCGUGCAGCAGCGCGGGCGCAUGAGCGCAGAAGAGCAGCUGGAGAGGAUGAAGCGUCACCAAAAGGCUCUCGUACGGGAGCGCAAGAGAACGCUCAGCCAGGGCGAGCGGCAGUCCUCCACAUCUCGUGCCUCCUCCUCCUCCGCAUCCAGACCCGUGUCUGCAGACCUGGGAUCAUGGAGGAGAGAGCAGGACUUUGAUUUGCAGCUACUGGAGCGGGCCGUGCAGGGUGAGGAGAGACCAGUUGAACACAAAGAGAGACAGCGCUCUCACUCAGACGAAUGGCUUACUCUGAGCAGCACACCCAUGAGAGAGUUGGAUCUGGAGCCUCUGGACUACCAGCUGGACCUCAGCAAAGAGCUUUCAAAGCCUCAAAAGGUGGCCAUCCCUGAGCGCUAUGUGGACCUGGAUCCAGAGGAGCCCCUCAGCCCUCAGGAGAUGGAGGCCCGACAUCGUAAAGUGGAACGAAUCAAGAGCAUCCUGGCUAAGUCUAGUGUCCAGAAUAUACCUCCUCCGGCAGCAGUAGACAAGCCAGUUCUUCCGGACAUAGACUCUGCUCUACAAGAGCAGGAGAGAAUCAUCACCAUGUCCUAUGCCUUAGCAUCAGAGGCUUCACUCAAGAGCAAGCAAGUGGCAGCCUCACCGCCAGUUAACAGUCCCACCUCACUCCCUCAACCUCCUCCACCUCCUCCUCUUCCUCCCCCUGCUCCUGUUGCCGUCUCUACGGCUCAGUCUGCUCCCCCUCCCCUGAGCAAUGGAUUUCACUACACCUUUGUCUAAUCAGAGAAAAAACAAACCAAAGCUGUGUCUGGAUAUUGAGGUGCUGUCACAUUCUGAAAACCCCACUAGUGGUGGACAAACUUAAACUCAGCUUAUUGAAUCACAUCGCUCACAUUUAGAGAUGACGCUAGCGCACUUUUGGACUCACAUGGGAACUCACUUCUGAAAUGCAUUUUUGUAGAGCUAUUAUUUGAUAUGGACUUUUUGCUGUGGAAACUGCUGUGCAUAUGCUGUACAAAAUCUAACCAUGAUAACCCAGAUAUAGAGAGCCAUUUUAUAUACAUUAUUGCACUUUUAAUAUGCGCCGUAUUGUAGAGAACAUUUAAAAGCUCAUGUUUUACUUCUCAAGGCAAGACAGAAGUUUGGAUGGAUUUCACUUUGAAAUACAAUGGUAACGUAAUGACAAAAAAUGUGUUAUACAUGUGACACAUUAUGAACAUGAAGGGUACAAAAAUGUCAAAUGUCGAUUGUAUUUUGUCAAUUCAGAUGUUAUUCUUACACCAAAUCACUUGAAAUAUUAUUUUUAUGUAUCCAGCACUGCCAGUUUCCAGUUAGCUUGCCAAAUGCAUUUUAUUUUUGUUGACAAAGUUAGGGGGAAAAAAUAACAUAAAAUAAUAUUUUCAGACAGGAUUUGUGGGAAGGGGGUUGGGGAGGGAUAUGCCGCAUACUUUUUUUUAAGAAACUGUAAAUAUUAAAGAUAUUAACAAGCUAUUUGUCUUUUAUUCUGUUUGUGUUAUCAAUGAAAGAAGGAGAAAAAGAGAGAGACAUAACAAUUUCAAGUUUUCAGCUUCAGAAGAAAAGUGAUGUCAAAGUAUUUGUGAAAUGAUUUGAAGGUUUUACAUUUGCAUUGCAUUAAAAGCAGUCAUCAAC